CUUACUCCUUCAUCUGGGCCAUGAGCUCGUCGUUGCCACCAAUACCGCACUGCUUUGGAAUGCAGGAGCACCCAGAAGCUUCUCUUGAGCGGUCGAAACUCUCCUCGCUUAUCGAUAGUCCCGGAGAUCCGCUUUCGACGCACCUCACACUAGGGUUCGCCUCCCGUAUACCUGUUUUUUACCUAUGCGAACGCUUCUUCUUCGCCUCGCUUCUCUUCUGCACCCUCAAAGCUUAGCAUACACGGUUGGCUCGGCCCUCGGAUCCACCCCACCGUCCAUAGACGCUUGCCUUGCAGCAUUCACCGUCCCCAAUUCCGUGGGACUGACGACAGGUGCUCGCGCAUGGUCGAAGCACGCACACCGGGCCUCAGCUCCUCCAAGCCCCGCACCCACAUCGUCUCCCACUCCCUCGAAUGGCCCCGAACGCGCAUCAACGGCGAAAUCCGCGCCGCCGCCAUCGGGGUGGUGGGGCACCGCUGCCGGCCCCGUCGCCGUGCAGAACGAGAGGGCCGUGACGCUGUUCUGGCGCGUCAUGGACAAUGCGACGUGGCGCAAUCUGCACUGGCUCCCGCACCAAGUGCUUGUGUACGAGGUGCGCGUCGCGGAGGGGUACGGCAUGCGCUGGUCGCAGGAUCGGAGCCUGCUCGAGGACUCGGAAGGUGCCGGACCUUCGCAGCCGGAUCCGGAUUGGAUUUUUCGUGGAUUCGUCGAGCCGAUGAUGGAUGGCGGGCACCAAGUCCGGUGGAGGCAUUAAUUGCUAACUCGCCCGCGACGAAUUCCCACACCCUUUCGGGGUUGUUGAACAUCUCUUUUGUGUAUUGGUACCCCUUUGUCCCUUGCUCCCACACAAAUUCCAAGAUCUUGUCCUCGGUCUCAUCCUCAUACGGGAUCGCGUUUCGGAAAUUGAGGGUGAGGGACGCACUCACAGGGAGCGCCUGCGGGGCGGCUGGGUCAUCUGCUAAAUCCGCUGUAUCUAGCUCGGAGAGGAUGUCAUCCAGCGACGUGAUCUCGGACCCCUUGAUGCCUCCGUCGAACUCAAAUUUCUCGGCCUGCGCGCCAAAGACGGCAGAGCGGACGCCGUGUUUCUGGAAGAGGUAGCUGGUGAAGAUCGAGCAUGUCGAUGCACAGAUGCCGUUUGAGACGAUCACGUAGUCGCCGUCCGCGAAUGGGGGCUCGUCAAACGUCUUCGCGAUGGAAUCGAAGUUGUCCAAGAUGGGGUGCGAGUAUGCGUCUGGGAUGCCGUUGACGAUUUGCUUUACGGGGGGAUCCAUGAACUGCGCAUUGGACGUGAGCCGCUCGUUUCGCCCCGACAGGUAGUUUCCGAAAAAGUACUCCGAAUCUGAGUUGUUCUGCUCCGAAGCACACUCUGCCUCCCGCCUGAUCAAGUCGCUCACUCGAAACACCGCAGGGAAUCCCGGGUACCGGUCUUUGGGCCACAGCGUCCGCAAUGCGAGGGCGCCCGUAGAGAUGAAGCCGCCGCGAUUGCCAGACACGUCGAGCAAGAUGUGUCUGACGCCUGCCUUCUUCAGCUCCACCAGUCCGCUGUGGAUCGUUUUUGAAAUCCCAUCAGAGUACGUUUGGUAAUCGUGCUGUGCGGGCGGCUCAAAUUGCUCGAGAUAGACAACACCCACAUGCUUGUGCUCCUGCAAUUGGUAGAUGUCGAGCGUGAGGAAAUGGCCGAACGAUGUGACUGCGAGAUCUGGUGAGCAUCUUCUAUCCCCCUGCACCUCAAUCUGCGCUGCAGCUUACGGUUGGGCUGGACGUAGUUUGGGUGGACAGGCGUGUGCUGUUUUGUGCGGAUCUCUGCUUGCGUGUCUGGUGCGACCACCGCCUUCCUGCGUUGGUAUCUCGACGGCUGUCGCAAAAGCCCGCGGCGACGGGUUUCUCCCGAGAUGUCGCUGCAGAACGACAGAUCUGCGCCAACGAAACUCGCAGCCCAAGGCACUGUCAGCAGCUGGCUUGUGCCGUUGGCCAGCAGGACCUCCACGGUUACGGAGUCCGAGCCGGGGUAGAACAUCCUCUGCGCAAACUUGCCGAGCUCCUGCGUGAACAGUCCAGAAUCGGUGUCCGCCGAGUAUCGAGACAUCAGGCGCAUGUACCUCGGAUCCAGCGUCUCGUAGGCGCCUUGCAGCCCGUCGUAGAUACUCGAGUUCGCCGCGAGAUCAAGCAGAUACGGGCCCGCUUCGACGCCGUCAAUCGACAGGAUGCGCGCGCCGUCGAAUUCCCGCACAGACACAUUCAGGCCCUGGAAGUACUCCUCCAGCCCCGACCGGUUUUGGUUCGGAAAGUCGUAGUUGGCGAGGAAGACGGGAUAUGUAGUCUGGUUGGAGGGGCUGUCCGCUAGGGACGCAAUCGAGAAGGGCAGGUUCCAGCUGAAAGAUUGGGUGCACGAAGCCACGAAACUCGUGUGUCCGUCCUGCUCGCGAUUGAAAGCCUCUGACACCUAUUUUGGAAUCAGCCAUCAAAGGCUCCCUGGGCGUGAUGUAGGAUGGACCCACGGCAAUGUUGAAAUCCCAGUCUGUCUGGUAUCCAGCCAUUCCGCCUUGGGCGGCCGUGUGCUGGACGUCUGCGCGUCUCUCAGAACGUCAUACUCGAUGCACCAAUGCAUGUGAUUGCGCGCUGACCUUGCAACAACGAGCGGA